AUGGAUGCUCAUUCCAGCUUUUUCUUUAAUCUGGAGAGAAAAUGUGGGCAGAGGAAAUUAAUCGACUCUGUAUUAUCAGACACAGGGCAACAACUGAGUGAACUGGGUCAGAUCAGGAGGAGGGCUGUGGGGUUUUAUUCCUUCUUAUUCAGGAGUGAAUACAAGAGAAACGAAGAGCUGUUAAGGGAGUUCAGUGAUGAACUACCCAAAGUUUCUGAGGAAACAAGACGUCAGCUAGAGCGCCCCCUGGGGCUGCAGGAACUCCUCUCAGCCCUCCAGAGCAUGCAGGGUCAGAAAUCCCCUGGCAUUGAUGGGCUCACGGUAGAGUUCUAUAAAGUCUACUGGGACAUUAUAGCAAAAGACAUGCUGGAUGUCUAUAAUGAGAGCCUGACCUCCGGUUUGCUCCCACUGUCUUGCCGCAGAGCAGUCAUCACCCUUCUUCCAAAGAAGGGUAAUUUGCAAGACCUCAAAAACUGGCAUCCUGUGUCUCUCCUCUGCACAGCUUAUAAAAUCCCUUCCAAAGCCCUGGCGAACAGGAUGAGAGAAGCAAUGGAACAGGUCAUCCACCGGGACCAGACUUAUUGCAUCCCCAGCUGGUCUAUGGUAGAUAACAUCUACCUAAUUCGAUAUGUUUUGGAAGUCUUCAGUUCAUUAGGUUUGGAAACAGCUGUGAUCGCACUAGAUCAAGAAAAGGCAUUUGACUGUGUAAAAAGAAGCUUGAAAGCAGGAACUGACAAUAGUCUAGUCUGUAGAAAAAUUAAAGAAGGAAGAAAAGUGGUGUGUGACAAGAAAGAAGAAGAAACAGUUUGUCUGGAGCUGCUUACAGUUUCAGCCUGUAACCUGUUAGAAGUUCUUCUUCUAAGCAGAGACACAUCAUCAGUGUUGGACGUCAGGAUUGGACACACUUUACUCCUUCGAGUGCUGGCUUUACUGUUGUCCACUUUUCCUCACAAAGCUGUUCAAGUUUCUCCUGCAGAUAAACCUGAGUCCAUCCUGACUGUGUCUCCAUCAUGGCUGAGUCCUGGAGCCUCAGUGACUCUGAGCUGUGAGGUUAAACCUCCGUCUGCAGGAUGGAGGUUCUACUGGUAUAAAGCUGUUCCUGCUAAAUACUACUACAGAUAUGAGCUGCUGCCUGACAGCAUCAAUGGAACUGAACAGAACUCCUACAUCAUCCAUGGACAGACAAAGACAGCAGGAUAUUUAUGUAGAGCUGGAGGAGGAAACCCAGAAUAUUACUCUUAUUACAGUAGAACUAAGUUUGUCUGGUCUUCAGAUUCUCAUCCAGCAGCAUCUCUCACAGUGAGUUCUGACAGAGAUCAACACUUCACCUCUGAGUCUGUCUCACUGAACUGUGAGGGAAAAUCGACUGAGUGGAGAGUGAGGAGGUUUACAGAAACAGGUUAUCUGUCAGAAAUUAAAAACUGCUCUGACUGGAGAACAAUGACCGGAUCAUCAUGUACCUUUAUCAGUCAGUGGCCUCAUAAAACUGUGUUCUGGUGUGAGUCUGGAUCAGGAGAGUUCAGCAAUGCAGUCAACCUCACUGUACAUGAUAAAGAUGUUCUCCUGGUGAGCCCCGUCCAUCCUGUUACUGUUGGAGCUUCUGUUAGUCUGAGCUGCAGACAGAGAGGACAAAACACACUUUCCAAUGUGHUUUUCUAUCAUAAUGAUAAACUUGUACAAAAUGACAGCAGAGCUGAGCUGAACAUCUCUGCAGUGUCUCUGUCAGAUGAAGGCUUCUACAAGUGUCAACAUUCAGGACAAGUUUCAGAGCAGAGCUGGAUGUCAGUUAAAGGAUUUAAAGCAGCUGAAUCUGGACCUAAAAGCUCUUUAUUUAUCGUGCUGUUGGCAAUUGGAGCUGUUGGUGGAACCAUUCUUAUUAUUCUCCUGAUCUUGUUGUGUCGUUACAAACAGUCCAAAGGUUCCUGCUGCCUCAGGCUGAGUCGGUCAGAGAGAACUGCUCAUCAAAGAGUCAAGCAGACUGAACCUGAUGAGAACAGCUCUCCUCUACAGGAUGCAGAUGAAUCCCUACAUGUCACAUACUCUCUCCUUGAAUUUCAAAACUCUGGAAACAGGAGGAGGCACAAUGAACCAGAGGAGGGCGCUGUUUAUUCUGUUGUGAAGACAGGAGCUGCAGGUUGAGCCAGUCAGGGAGAACUGCUCAUCAAAGAGUCAACCAG